CUCUCUAUCUCUCAUGAAAACUCUUCAUCAUUUUCGCUUUUCAUUCACGUAAAUUGUUACCACUUUUCUUUUGUUUCUUCAAUUAUCAAUUCUUGCUUGCCCAAAUUUACCCACCUAUGUGAAUUCACUAAUGUGAGCUCCGAAUAGAUAGCUAAUUUUGCAUCCGAAUAAAGGAGAAAGGUUACAGCAGUAGGUGCAGGCAUUCAACAAGAGAGUAAAUUUUAUAAAUUGUCACAAAUUUUAUUGACCUGCAAUCAUGAGUGGCAAAAUGUCAGGACCUCUUGAACGACCAGUAAGGCCAACAGGUAUGGAAAAGAUUGAUAACGAAAACACUGAGGAGGAUAGGAAGCCAAGGCUUGGGUCUUUCAAGAAAAAGGCACUUAAUGCCUCCAACAAAUUUAGACAGUCUCUAAAAAAAACUGGUCGUAGAAACAGUAGGGUCAUGUCUGUUGUCUUUGAGGAUGAGCAUGACGCGGAGGAAUCAAAGGUAGUUGAUGCCUUCCGUCAAGCACUUAUCCUGGAGGAAUUACUUCCUGCACAACAUGAUGAUUAUCAUAUGAUGCUAAGGUUUUUGAAGGCCAGAAAAUUUGAUUUAGAAAAAACAAAGUUGAUGUGGUCUGAUAUGGUUAAUUGGAGGAAGGAAUUUGGUGCAGACACUAUAAUGGAGGACUUUGAGUUCAAGGAAAAGGAGGAGGUCCUCAAGUAUUAUCCACAAGGGCAUCAUGGAGUUGACAAAGAUGGAAGACCAGUUUAUAUUGAAAGAAUUGGUCAAGUAGACUCAACCAAGCUCCUACAAGUCACAACAAUGGACCGAUAUCUCAAGUACCAUGUGCAGGAGUUUGAGAGAACUUUUAAUGACAAAUUACCAGCUUGUUCCAUUGCAGCCAAAAAGCAUAUUGAUACAAGCACAACAAUUUUGGAUGUGCAAGGAGUGGGACUUAAAAAUUUCAACAAAUCAGCAAGAGAACUCCUUCAAUGCCUUCAAGGUGUUGAUGGUAACAAUUAUCCUGAGAGCUUGUGUCGUAUGUAUAUCAUCAAUGCUGGUUCUGGGUUCAGGCUUUUAUGGAACUCUGUCAAGUCAUUUCUUGACCCCAAGACCACUGCAAAGAUCAACGUUCUUGGUAACAAAUACCAGAGCAAGUUGCUUGAAAUAAUUGAUGCCAGCGAACUUCCAGAGUUCUUAGGUGGUACGUGCACUUGUGCUGACAAAGGAGGAUGUAUGCUUUCUGAUAAAGGCCCAUGGAACGAUCCAGAAAUAAUGAAGAUGGUUCGCAGUGGUAUUCAUAAAUGCACAAAGAAAACUGCUAUUCCAGAAAUUGAUGAGAAAAUAGUUUCAGAGGAUGGGAACGUCAAUGUAAAGGAUGCAAGGAAGAGCAAUUCCAUUAAUAUGCGAACUGCCUCUUCCAAGGUCCAUAGGGAUCAUGUGUCUCAUACGCAACUCUCCACUGUCCAUGAGGAAGUUGAUAUAAAGAAGAACCUUCCUAGUACAUACGAUCCUGAUAAGUGCAUCCCUAUGGUAGACAAAGUAAUUGAUGCAACUAUACCUAAAGCUACAAAAGCUGACAACUACGCCAUUGCUAAAGAAUUCUUGCCCAUGCAUGAUAUUUCUAAGUCACCUGAUGGAUUUAGCAACCACCUUUUCACCGGAGUGAUGACAUUUGUGAUGGGCGUCGUUACAAUGGUCCGAAUGACACGCAACAUGCCAAGAAAGCUCACAGAUUCAAACCUCUUGUCUAGUUCAUUAAAAGGAGUUGAUAUGGUUAAACAACAGGCUCAAGAAUAUCGGUUAAGUGGACCGGCUAUCUCAAAUAACGAGUACUUCAGCAUGAUGAAACGGAUGGGAGAGCUCGAGGAGAAGGUUAUUAGUCUUAGCAACAAGCCUAGUUCCUUACCACCUGAAAAAGAGGAAAUGCUUAACAAUGUCAUGAGUCAUGUUGAUAAAUUGGAGCAAGAGCUUUGUGCAACAAAAAUGGCACUUGAGCAAGCCCUUGCUCGUCAAGAGGAGCUCUUAGCCUACAUUGAGAAGAAGAAGAAAAAAAAGAAUUUCUUUGGUUUCUAAACAUAAAAGCCAAAACAAGAAAUGCUGUUUGAAUGACAUGACUCUAAGCUUAUUUAAAUUCGACAUAUGCAAGUUAAAAUAAGCUAUUGUAUAUGAUCUGAGCCGCUAUUGCUUGUACUGGCUUUCUUUUAGUCCUCUGCAGCGAGAUUUUCAUUCACCGGCAACUUCUUUGUGAGCUCUAAAUAGUAGUAAUAUACUUUGUAUAUUACACAUUUAGUGGCUUGCAUUUUUGGUUCUUAGUUUUCUGUAUAUAAGGAUAAUAGCAAUUUGCAUUAGUUCUAAUUAUUUCCUUGCAAGGUUGAGCUUCCUUUAA